AUGUUAUAUGCUAAAAUUCAAGGUUCAGAACCAAUUUUACUUGAUCAAACACAAUUAACAGAUGAAAUGAUUGCACUUAGUGAUGAUAAUUCCAGUUCAUAUGUUGAAGAAAUUAAAAGACGACGAUAUACCAAAGAAUUCCAUUCAUUUGUUAAAAAUUGUGUAUCUACAUCACUUGAAUCUCGACAUUCGGUUGAUGAAUUAAUAAUGCAUCCAUUUGUUAAACAUCCUAAAAAAAUCAGUCAUGAUUCUCAACAUCUUGCUGAUGAUAUGGCUAAAAUUCUUGGAUUUUAUAAAGCAAAAGAAUUAAAUAAUACAGAAGCAAAUAUCGAACAAAUAUUUGAUAAUUCCAAUAAGAAAUAUAAUAGUAUUAAUUUAUCAUGGGAAUUUUAA